CGGAGAAGUGAUCAAAAAUAUGUACUCUGUACUAGUUGUGGCUACUUUGGUCGUCACGAUAUACUUUUACUUCACCAGAACAUUCUAUUACUGGAAGAAAAGAAAUGUCGUUGGACCAAAACCGCUCCCGUUCUUUGGAAAUCUGUUUGAUUCGGUUCUCAGACGAGAACAUAUCAUAACGGUCCUACGAAAUAUUUAUAAUGCAUUCCCUAAUAAAAAGGUGGUCGGCAUCUUCAGAAUGACAUCACCAUCCUUAAUGCUGCGUGACCUGGAUGUUAUCAAACACGUUUUGAUCAAAGACUUUGAUAUGUUCUCCGACCGAGGAGUUUCAUUCAGUGAUGAAGGUUUAGGAGUGAAUAUGUUUCACGCAGACGGUGAUAGAUGGAGAGUACUGCGGCAUCGUUUCACACCACUCUUCACGUCAGGAAAACUGAAGAACAUGUUGUAUCUGAUGACCGAUCGAGGAGACAAAGUAAUGAACUACAUCGACCAGAUAUGCGACAAACAACUGGAACAGCCAAUUCAUCUCUUGCUUCAAAAGUUUACAAUAGGUUCGAUUACAGCUUGCGCCUUUGGCGUUGAUCUAAAUGAUGAGAUGAUGAAGACAUUAGAAAAAAUUGACAAAAUAAUGUUUAAUACCAAUUACGGUGUAGAAUUGGACAUGAUGUACCCUGGUAUUUUGAAAAAAUUCAACCGAUCGCUCUUACCGGAGAUGAUCAGAAAAUUCUUCUACGAUCUUACAAAAACCGUUUUAAACCAAAGAGGUGGAAUGCCGACGAAUAAAAAAGACUUUAUUGAUUUAAUUUUGGAAUUAAGACAGAACAAGAUAAUAGAGUCAUUCAAAAGGAAUGAUGAUGAAGAUGUUAAGACUCUUGAGAUGACGGACAGUGUUAUUGCAGCGCAGACAUUUAUUUUCUAUGCUGCUGGCUACGAAACCAGCGCGUCCACCAUGACUCACCUGUUCUAUGAAUUGGCACUGAAUCCUCAGAUACAAGAGAUACUCAUUGCAGAAAUAGAUGAGGUUCUGAAACGUCAUAAUGGCGAAGUAAGUUACGAAUGCUUGAGUGAUAUGAGAUAUCUUAACCAAGCAUUUGAUGAAACUUUAAGGAAGUAUCCGAUCGCGGAUAUAUUAUUGCGCAAGGCUAAAGUUGAUUAUAAACUUCCUGGUACUGAUGUUACUAUUGAGAAAGGGAAAAUGGUGGUUUUAUCCAGCUGGGGAAUACAUCAUGACCCAAAAUACUACCCCGACCCAGAGAAAUUUGACCCUGAACGUUUUAGUCCAGAAAACGAAAAAAAUAGACACCCCUGUGCCUACUUACCAUUUGGAGCUGGACCUAGAAACUGCAUAGGUAUGCGGUUCGCAAAAUUGCAAUCUCAAGUGUUCAUAGUGAAGUUUCUGUCGAAAUACCGCGUGGAGCUCUCAAAGAGCACACCGUCGGAAUUGAAAUACGAUCCCAUGCGUAUACUACUGUACCCCAAAGGAGGGUUAUACUUGAAUGUUGUGCGCAGAGCUUGUUGAAAAUAAAACAAGCACAAUGUGUCAUUAAGAAUCAAGUGUUUAAGAAAAAUCACAUAAAAGAAACUAUAUCCUGAUAUUCAGGGUAGAAGAUUAACCUAAUUGUCAAAACUGGUUUCUUUGUUUAAACUACAGAACGUUACAAUCGAAUUCAUGAAUCCUCAUACAUAAAACAUACAAAUGCAAGAAGCAGUCCCCUUCUGAAAUACGAGUCAUCAUCACCAACUCACUAUAUGUACGUCCCCACUGAGGGGCUCGGAGCCUACCCUAAUACGGCGUGACUAGGCCAUAGUCAACCACGCUGGCCAA